AUGUCAAAUCAAUUGCCCGUCAUCAAUUUAAUGGGACCAACCGCAAGCGGUAAAACUGCUUUGGCAUGUGAACUGUAUGAUCAUGGGAAUUAUGAGCUUAUUUCUGUAGAUUCUGCCUUGGUCUAUAAAGAUAUGGAUAUUGGUACUGCAAAGCCAACCAAAGCGGAGCAGGAGUGUUAUCCGCAUCAUUUGAUUGAUAUUAUUACCCCACUAGAGGUUUAUUCUGCUGCUGAAUUUGUCGAGGAUGCUUGUAGACUGAUUGAUGAUAUCCAUGCACGCGGUAAAACACCUAUUUUAGUUGGCGGUACAAUGCUAUAUUUUAAAGCGUUGCUUGAGGGGCUCUCUACAAAUUUACCAAGUGCUGAUUACGCGAUUCGUGCUGCGAUUGAGUUAAAAGGUGAAAAAUUUAAAGUCAGUGAUAAGCAAAGAAUCAUUCGCGCUUUAGAAGUGUAUAAAAUUACUGGUCGUCCGAUUACUCAACUACAGGCGGAACAACCGAAGAAUCAACCGUACCGAUAUGAUUUUCAUAAUUAUGCUUUAUUGCCUGAUCGCCUAGAGCUGCACAAGAGAAUUGAACUUCGUUUGGAAAAAAUGUGGGAAAUCGGAUUUUUAAAUGAGGUUGAAAAUCUUAUGAAAAAAUACGAUCUCGAAGAAAAUUUACCUUCUUCACGCUCUGUUGGAUACCGACAAGCGAUAGAUUUUUUAAAAAACAGUGAUUUGAGUCAAGAAAGUGAGCGUCAAAUGAAGGAUAAAGCACUAUUUGCGACACGACAAUUAGCAAAACGUCAAUACACAUGGUUACGAUCUUUGCAAGAAACACACUCUUUUCAAACUUUUUUUACGAUAAACCAAGCACAAGAAGACUUGCGAAACUUAUACGGAUAA